AGAGCUACAGAAAGUAAAGCAAUGCUUGGAGAAGGAGAAAGUGCUUUUCCAGGAUACUGUAGGGUGGGGUUUAUUCAGUUGUUUUUUGACAUACAUGCUCAUACCUGGGGCUUGAAAUCUCUCGGCUUUAAAGUUUCACAAGAACCUUUCCCUAACCCAGCUCCCACCUCGUUGAGGGAAAAGUGCUCCUGUGCUCCAGAGAGCCGCCUGCUCUGAAGUCUGUUCACAGACAUUCAAAACUUCCUAGCUGUUUGUUCCUCUCUAUAACCUGGGCGAAGAGUGCCCAGCCCUGAGGAAACGCACGUCUCAGUCUGGCUUUCGUGUCAGUCGGUGCUUCUAACUUCCUGCAUUUCUAUUUUACCGUCUCCUUAAGCCUUAAGACCUUAAGCCUUAAAACAUGUCUGGGAGGACGGAGAGACCUCCGGGCGCCCCGGCCGAGCCCCGCGCUCCGUUCGAGGCAUUGUGGCAUCACCGCGCUCGUCCAUGGCAACCGCGGAAUGCCCGAAUGCCCGCCUGGGGCUCCGCGUUCAUCCCAGCCCGUCCCACAACAGGAAUUCCUGCGGCGCCGGGAGCCGCUGCCCCCCGACGGUCCCAGCUCGUCACGCAGGAGGAGGAGCAGCAUCGCCACAGCUCCCGGCAUCGGCGGCAGACUGUCCGAAAAUGAAUGCUGUCCCGCAAGACAUGGUUGGGCAGUUGAAGGAUGUGGAGGUAGAGCAUGAUGACUGCAGCGAGAUGAUCAGGCUCCAGGCCAUCCUUCUGGAUCUCAGGAGUAAAAGACAGGAGAGGCUCGUCGGGGAGCUGGAGGCAGCUAUAGCGAGAACAAAGGAGCUUGAGGAAAAUGCCGAAGCAGCAAGACUAGCACAGAUAGAAUGUGAACAAAAGACACCAAUCAUGCAGUUAAGAAUCCAAGAGCUUGAAGAUGCUUUGAAGGAAGAGCAAGGCAAGAGGAGAAAAACUUUCUCAGUAGUAGAACAGCAAGAUUUCAGAGAGUCAGAAAACGCACGUGAGAGAGGAAAAAAAGUCUUACAAAGACAGCAUUCAAAUGUGCAAUGGAGAGAGGGGGCCGAGGAAACUGAAGAACCCCCUGGGAGAUUUGUGAAUGCUGCAACCAGCUUCAGCCUGUCUGAAAGCCCACUGGUCACAGACAAGGCUGUGGCAUCAAGUGCAGCCACAGUGCUUCCCAGGCUGCAGCUGCCGAUCCUCCCAGAGGAAGCAGUGAGGGACAGGCCAGAGGCUAUAGCAUUCCAGCACCUGCUUAGACAUUUUAUGGAUCUCUACUCACUGGCAGCUGACCGAGUUGAAACAUUAACAGGAAGAGAACCUUUGCCAGUUCACUUUGUACCCAAAGCAGCUGUUGCACCUCCCUCUCCAGCUCCUGCUCGUGCUGGCUCCUUUCGGCGUUGCAUUGAACCUCAAGCAGGCCAUACACCUCCUGCUGCUCGUUCUCCUGCUGCUGAUGACUGUUAUUGGGUUCCUCUUUUCCCUGAAGCAGCUAGUCCAUCUCCUGCUCCUGCUCCUACUGAUACCUUGCAGCCCCGAGUUUCACCCCAAGCAGCCCGUACACCUCCUGCUACUGCUCCUGCUGCUGCUGCUGAUGGUAAGUCUGCUUUUCAAACAGUUAUACUCACUUGCAUGUGGAUUCCAAGACAGCAUUUCCCCUCAUGCUGCACAGCUUCUGAAGGCCAGGACCACAAUAUUGAAUUGUAAACAUAAUAGAGAGUUAAAACUGGUGCUGACAGAAGUGUUCUCAGAGUUUUUUCAGAAGAGUAACAUGCUGAUUAAAGCUAAGACAAGGAUUUAAUUUAUUACUGUAUUUUUUUCCCCAUUACUCCCUAUUUCCUUUUGGGUAUUUUGGGGGGUUUUUUGAGUAUGGAUGCUUGGUUGCUUGGAAAUUUUUGGUUUUGGGGAGUGAUUCAGGCGGGUGCGUAAGUUUUCAAUUUCUAACUUUUUUAUUCUUAUUUUUAAAUUUUUCUUUGUCCUUGCUUUCUUCCUUUCUUGCUUUCUUCCUUCCUUCCUUUCAUUUUCCUUUUUUCUUUCCUUUCUGUCACAAACACUUAACGUUUCUAACAGACUUUCCUUUCAUUCACACCUGUUUGCACUCUAUCCAUAGGUUUGCUUUUUAAAACUGGCUCUUUCUCAACAGAUACCUUGCAGCCCCGAGUUUCACCCCAAGCAGCCCGUACACCUCCUGCUACUGCUCCUGCUGCUGCUGCUGAUGGUAAGUCUGCUUUUCAAACAGUUAUACUCACUUGCAUGUGGAUUCUGAGGCAGCUCCUCCCUCAUGCUGCACAUCUUCUGGAGGCCAAGACCACAGAAUUGAAUUGUAAACAUACAACAGUGUUAACACUGGUGCAGGCAAAAAUAUCCUCAGGCUUCUUUCAGAAGUGUAACGUGCUGGAUUAAGCCAAGACAGGCAUUAAAAUCAUUACUUUAAUGUUUGUUCUAUUAGUCCUCUUUCCUUGUGGGUGAUUUUUGUUUUAGUUUGCAUUUGGAUGCUUGGUUGCUUGGACAUUUUUGGUUUUGGGGAGUGGUUGCAGUGGGUGCAUGGGUUUUGGAAUUCUGAUUCUUUUACAUUAUUAUUUAUAAUUUCCUUCCUUCCUUCCUUCCUUCCUUCCUUCCUU